AUGGCGGUGGCUCCCGGACCUGUGACCCCUGGACAGGUGUCAUUUCUGCUUGGAAUCGUUCCAGUCAUUGUUGCAUGGAUAUACUCUGAGUGGUUGGAAUAUAAGAAGUCACCAUCCCCGUCUAAAGUUCAUUCAGAUAAUAAUCUGUCUGAACUGGAGAAUGAAACAAUCAAGGAAGAUGAUAAGGCAGUGUUGUUAGAAGGAGGUCUUGCAAAAUCUGCAUCUGCGAAGUUGUCCACUCCAUCCGUUAAAACCAACUUAAUUAGAUUUAUUACAAUGGAGGACUCAUUUUUACUUGAAAAUCGAGCACUAUUAAGAGCUAUGUCCGAAAUAGGGGUUAUUCUGUUCUACUACUACAUAUGUGACCGUACAAAUUUUUUUGCAGAUUCCACCAAGAUGAUGUGGAGGCUUAACUUUUUUGUGGCCUUCUGCUGUAUUGUUCUUAACAAUGACUACAUGCUGUACUAUAUCUGCCCAAUGCACACGCUCUUCACUCUCAUGGUGUACGGGGCCCUUGGUAUUGGCCAUAACUAUAACGAGAUAAAAUCAGUGAUGGCUUUGAAAUUUUUUAUGUGCUUUAUUGUGGUCAUCUUGAUAUGGGAAAUCCCAGGUGUCUUUGAGCUUGUCUGGAGUCCUUUCACUUUUUUCUUAGGGUAUACUGAUCCUGCAAAGCCAGAUAUUCCUCGACUGCAUGAAUGGCACUUUAGAUCUGGGCUUGAUCGCUACAUUUGGAUCAUAGGAAUGAUCUAUGCCUAUUUCCACCCCACUGUUGAAAAGUGGAUGGAGAAACUGGAGGAGUCUGAAACCAAGCGUAGACGCACAAUCAAAACUUCCAUUGUUGCACUGGCCUUGAUUGUUGGCUAUUUGUGGUAUGAAGGUAUAUACAAGAUGGACAAGGUUACAUACAACAAGUUUCAUCCCUACACAUCAUGGAUACCCAUAACGUGGCUUGGCAAAGUUACUUUGGAAACCUAUAUUUCUCAGUUCCAUAUCUGGCUGAGAUCAAAUAUGCCUAAUGGGCAACCCAAAUGGCUACUCUCUUUCAUCCCAGAGUAUCCUUUGCUUAAUUUCAUGCUCACAACUUCCAUUUACAUCUUGAUAUCAUAUCGGAUUUUCGAACUGACCAACACGUUGAAGUCAGCUUUCAUACCCACAAGAGACGACCGAAAGCUACUUAACAAUUUUGUUGCUGGAGCAGCCAUUUCUGCAUGUUUAUAUUGCAUUUCCUUCAUUCUUCUUCAGAUUCCUCAUUAA